AUGGCUUUGCUCUACUUUUUACUGUCGGUUUUCCACGCCGUCCUGGUUACCCUCGCCAGCACAACACCGAAUCAUACACGCUUCGAUGUUUUGGACCUUGUCGACCCUCUCAUCGGUACUGCCAACGGAGGCCACGUCUUUCCCGGCGCCAGCCUGCCCUACGGAAUGGCAAAGGCAGUUGCGGACGUGAACAAGGAACUCCAGGGCGGAUUCACGUCCAACGACGGCGAGAUCACCGGCUUCUCGCACAUGCAUGACAGCGGAACAGGCGGAGGCGCCUCUCUAGGCAAUUUCCCCCUGUUUCCUCAGACCGGGUGCGACGGGGACGUCCUGAACAACUGCUACUUCCCCAAGGCGGCACGGGCUUCGCAGAGGGUGAAUGGCACCGUCAAGGCGAGACCGGGCUACUUUGCCGUCACGAUGAACACGUCGGUGCAUGCCGAGAUGACCGUCACCAGCCACGCGGCCUUGUACAGAUUCACAUUUCCGACCGACGGCACGCCCACCAAGAGCAGCGGAAAUGCGACGCCCAAGAUGCCAUAUAGCCCCCUGAUCCUGGCGGACGUGACGGACCUCGCAGACUCGAGAAGCAACGGAAGUAUCUCGGUAGAUGCGCAGUCGGGAAGAAUCACGGGGUUUGGAACGUUCAAUCCCUCCUUUGGCAUCGGCACGUAUAACGCGUACUUUUGCGCCGACUUUGCCGGUGCCCGGAUCCGUGAUACGGGCGUCUUUAUGAACAACCGUGCCGGGGCGGAGCCGAAGUCGCUUCAGCUCCCGACGGACGGGAAUACAGUCCCGGGCGGCGCUUGGGUCCAGUUCCAUGCGCCGAAGUCGAACCAGGUUCAGGCCAGAGUCGGCCUGUCCUUCAUCAGCACACAGCGAGCAUGCGACAAUGCCGAGGCCGAAAUUCCCGAUUUCGACUUCACCCGCGUGAGGCGGGCGGCGGAAACGGCAUGGCGGAGCAAAUUGGAUACCGUCAGGGUAAACAGCACCGGGGUUUCGAAAUCGCUACAGAGAACCUUUUGGAGCGGCAUCUAUCGCGCGAUGCUGUCUCCCCAGGACUACACCGGCAAGUCUCCCCCUGCGCCGAACCCGCUGUGGGCGAGCGACGAGCCCUACUUUGACUCGUAUUAUUGCAUCUGGGACAGCUUCAGGAGCACGCACCCGUUGCUCACGUUGGUCGAUCCGCGUGCGCAGGCGCGCAUGGUUCGCGCGCUGAUUGACGUGUACCGCCACGAGGGCAAGCUUCCCGACUGCCGCAUGUCGCUUUGCAAGGGCUUCACCCAGGGCGGAAGCAACGCCGACAACGUCCUGGCCGAUUCGUAUCUCAAGGGGCUCGGGGACGGCAUCGAUUGGGAAACUGGCUACGAGGCCGUCGUGUCAGACGCCGAAGAUGAGCCUCCCAUUUGGACAGUGGAAGGAAGGGGCGGACUGCACAGUUGGAAAACGCUGGGCUACAUUCCUACCGACGACUUUGAUCCGUACGGCGUCGGCAUUUUUACGCGGUCCAUUUCCCGGACCGUCGAGUAUUCGUACAAUGAUUUCUGCAUCGCGGAAAUGGCCAGAGACAUGAACAAGACGGCUGAUGCGGAGAAGUAUCUGGAGCGUUCGUCCAAUUGGAGGAACAUGUUUGACCCUACCUCUCGCUCGAGACUCAACACGACGGGAAGCCAGGAUCCGGCUGGCCUCGUGGACAGCGGGUUCCAGGGAUUCCUGCAGCCCAGGUAUCUAAACGGCAGCUUUGGCCAUCAGGACCCGGCCAUUUGCACGGCCCUCUUCAACUUCACCUCUUGUUAUCUGAACCCAGGCGGACACGAGACGUACGAGGGCGGGUCGUGGCUUUACACGUUCCAAGUUCCCCACGAUCAGGCGACCCUCAUCACGAUGCUCGGCGGCACGGGCGAGUUUGUCCGCCGGCUGGAGUUUUUGCACAACACCCCGGGCCUGUUCUACAUUGGGGACGAACAGUCCUAUCUCCUCCUGUACCUGUUUCACUAUGUCGGGAAGCCGGGCCUGUCCUCGCAAUACGCACGCAGGUAUAUACCCAGUGCCUUUAAUGAUUCCUUGGCCGGCAUCCCCGGGAACGACGACUCGGGCGCCAUGGGCAGCUUCACCGCAUUGUCCAUGAUGGGUCUCUACCCGAUGAGCGGCCAGGACGUGUACCUCAUUAUCCCUCCCUUCUUCCCACAAGUCACCAUUCACCACCCCGGGACGGGCAAGUCGGCAACCAUCAGGAACAUUAACUUUGAUCAAGGGCACAACAAUAUAUAUAUACAGAGCGCAAGGCUGAAUGGCAGGCCGUAUACCAAGUCGUGGAUCACUCAUGACUUUUUCAGCACCGGCGGCGUGCUGGAGCUGACCCUGGGGCCGUCACAGAGUCAUUGGGGGUCGGGGGAAAAUGACAUUCCGCCAAGUGCAUCUACUCACUUCUGGAAGUAG